AGAUGGCGGCGCCCGCCCGGCUGUGCCGCUGCCUCCUCCCGCUGCUGCUGGCGGCCAUGGGAGCGGGAGCGGCCGCCGGGACCCCCGGCACCGCGGGCUGCGGCUGCAGCGCCAGCCGGGCCGCCGGGGACGGGAGGGAGGAGGCGGCGCAGCGCUACUCGGCGGCGGCGGGCAGCGGGCGGAGCGGCGGGCAGGGGCCGAUGGUGCUGAUCCCAGCUGGGGUGUUCACCAUGGGCACCCAGGAGCCCCAGAUCCAGCAGGAUGGAGAGGGCCCAGCCCGCAGGGUGCACCUUGGCAGCUUCUACAUGGACCAGUACGAGGUCAGCAACCGGGACUUCGAGAGCUUUGUCAACGCCACGGGCUACGUCACUGAGGCAGAGAAGUUUGGUGACUCCUUUGUGUUUGAGGGGAUGCUGAGUGAGGCAGUGAAGGCUGACAUCCACCAAGCAGUGGCAGCUGCUCCCUGGUGGCUGCCUGUGAAAGGAGCCAGCUGGAGGCACCCUGAGGGCCCCGGCUCCAGCAUCUCCAGCAGAAUGGACCACCCAGUGCUUCACGUGUCCUGGAACGAUGCCCUGGCCUUCUGCAGGUGGGCAGGGAAGCGGCUGCCGACGGAGGCCGAGUGGGAGUACGGCUGCCGAGGGGGGCUGGAGAGCAGGCUUUUCCCAUGGGGCAACAAACUGCAGCCCAAAGGGCAGCACUAUGCCAACAUCUGGCAGGGAGAAUUCCCCACCAAUAACACAGCAGAGGAUGGCUACAGGGGGACUGCACCUGUCUCUGCCUUUCCCCCCAAUGGCUACGGCCUCUACAACAUGGUGGGCAACGCCUGGGAGUGGACAUCGGACUGGUGGGCUGUGCACCACUCCCCCCAGGACCUCCACAACCCUCAAGGGCCGCCCUCGGGCACGGACAGAGUGAAGAAAGGUGGAUCCUACAUGUGCCAUAAGUCCUACUGCUACAGGUACCGCUGUGCAGCCCGGAGCCAGAACACGCCCGACAGCUCCGCGUCCAACCUGGGCUUCCGCUGCGCCGCCAGCAGCGCCCCGGGGCCGCGCUGAGCCAGCCCGGGCAGGGGGGCAGCCACCGGGGGCACCCACCUGGGCAGGGCUGCACCACCCGGGGCUGCACCCACCUGGGCAGGGCUGCACCCACCCGGGGCAGCCACCUGGGCAGGGCUGCACCCACCCAGAGCCAGCACCCACCUGGGCAGGGCUGCACCCACCCGGGAACAGCAACCUGGGCAGGGCUGCACCCACCUGGGCAGGGCUGCACCCACCUGGGGCCACGCUGAGCCAGCCUGGGCAGGGCUGCACCCACCUGGGCAGGGCUGCACCCACCUGGGCAGGGCUGCACCCACCUGGGGCUGCACCCACCCGGGCAGGGCUGCACCCACCUGGGGCUGCCACCUGGGCAGGGCUGCACCCACCAGGGGCUGCAGCCACCUGGGCAGGGCUGCACCCACCUGGGCAGGGCUGCACCCACCCGGGGCACCCACCUGGGCAGGGCUGCACCCACCCGGGAACAGCAACCUGGGCAGGGCUGCACCCACCCAGAGCCAGCCACCUGGGCAGGGCUGCACCCACCCAGAGCCAGCACCCACCCGGGGCAGCAACCUGGGCAGGGCUGCACCCACCUGGGCAGGGCUGCACCCACCCGGGCAGGGCUGCACCCACCCGGGGCCGCGCUGAGCCAGCCCGGGCAGGGCUGCACCCACCCGGGGCAGCCACCUGGGCAGGGCUGCACCCACCCAGAGCCAGCACCCACCUGGGCAGGGCUGCACCCACCCGGGAACAGCAACCUUAGCACAGUCCCUGGCUGAUGGCACCACAGAAAAACCUGGCUGGAAGCUCCUGCUGAGGGAAGAACAACCAGCACGACUCGAGAGCGCUUGGAGAACCUUCCUGUUUGUGAGCAACCUGGCCUGGGUGUUUGGGUUCAACUGGAACAAAACUGAGCAGAAACGUGCCAAUCGUGUUUUCAAAUACUACUUAAUCCCAGAAUUAGGCUGGAAAAACCUCCAGAAUUAUUGAGUCCAGCCCUUGACUGAUCACCACCUUGUCAACUACAACAGCUCCUCUUUAGACAGGAUCUUUAUUAAUUAAUUUAUGUAGAACUUCUACACUCAAAUGCAAUAAGCAAAGACUUUAUAAACUUCUAGACAGCUUUAAAAGAAAUUCUAGGCAAUUAGGAAAUUCUAGGCAGCUUUGAGAGACAAUGAAGGAGUCCAGAAUGAGGGCUGGGAGCUGACAGCUCUCCCCACAGGCAGCUUGCCCUUUGUCACAUUCCACUUGCAGUGAAAAUCAUGUCCAGAAAUGGGCUUCUCCUGGGAGAUAUUUGCUGCUCUUCAGGAAGUGCCUUCUGCAGCUGAGGGAGAUGAUCCUCAGGGUGAUGAUGAUUAAAAUCUUGUACAUAUUUGAAUAAAAUAUCAAGCAUUUGUUUAUGCCAAAGACUUUUAUUGAUGGAAAAACACAACUUCCUUUGAAUUUCUUGGACACAGCGUAGGCUUAUUUUAGGGACUUGGAAAAUGCAAUACUGGCCUCAUUAGAAACUGAAGCUAAUGAAUGAUUCCACUUGAAUAAGAGUCAUGGAAGUGAUGGCAGAUGGAACUAUGAGCCCUAAGACCUAAUAGGGUAAAUUUCUAAACUGUUUUGUUGAAAAUAAAAUUCCUCACUGGGAAGGAGAGGAAUUUUAGCAAAUGAGAAGGGAAAUGGGGGCAAUUAAAAGCAACCUCAUUUGGGAUCUGAAUGUGACUGUGGAUUAACAAAAGCCUUGGCACUGAUGCUGGUCCUUGCCAGUGUUGUCUUUGGUGUAGAAAAUUUGGUUUGAGUUUAAUGCAAAUCCAUCACCUGGCAGCUCCUUCUGCAGUGGUUUCAUGUUGAAAAGAUGACACAGGAGAAUGCCUGUGCAGCCCUUCACCAAACAGCAGCCUCCAGUGGGGUCCAGGUAAGCCCAGCAAGCAGCAAAAUCUAUCCCAGGACACAGCAUGGUGUGGCACAAUACUGAGAUAUUGAUAAUCAUUAUUGCACUCAGAGAAGAGAGAAGGAGGGAGGAUGAAGGCAAGCUCAGAGCCUUGUGAGCUGUUUGACUGAUUCAUUGUGGAUGAGCACACUGAGCUGUGAGGGGCAGACUGGGGCUCUGAAGGAGAAAUGAACAGAAAUUCAGCAGAUUUCUGAACAGUCUAUUUCUUUCCCAGUUUCUUGACAGGGAAUUUUUUAGUAAGAUUUUGGCAGCUGCAAUGCCAAGGCAUGGUGGAGCAUAGUGCUGUAUGGAAAAAGGCCAUUACCAACUGUCAGGAUGGUUCAGAAGUCAAUUAACCAUUAUUUUGUUUGUGCAAGGCCCUCAGUGUGGCUGUUUUGAGCAGCCCAGCACUGCUGCUGUCCUGGGAAGUUUGCUCCAAGCUGAUAAGUGGGAUCAGGUCCCUGCCAGGAGCUGCAGCCCUGGCGUGGGCUGAGGGCUGGGAUUGCAGGGACAGAGGGCUCAGCUGUGCUCCUGCUCUGGUGUAGUAAACCCCUCAGGUUUAGCCAGGGCCCCUUGGAGAAUAGAAUGCUGACACAGCGGCAAAGAAGUUUCCUGUCUCCAGGGACAUCCGCCUUGUACCUUAUCCCUAUAGCCAUGUAAGGCAAUAUUGUGUUAAACCCUACCAUUGGUCACUUAUGGUCACUCUAACACCUUUGCCAUUGGUCAGAUUGGAUCCAGGCCAAGGGUAUAAAAGUAGCACACUGUACCCUACUAACUCGGGAGAAGA